GGUCAAAACUGUUGUACCACUUCUUCCGAAAAAAAAAAACGUUGUACCAUACAAGGAAAAGCUUUUUUUUCUUUCUGGCUAUAUCUGCAACUCGCCUCUUCAUAAAUCCAGACUUCCCUGAGAGUUCUACCAAAGAAAAAAAAAAACACUAUUUCUACCCUAAAACAAUUUCAUCUUCUCGCAUUCUAUCAGGUUUUCUUCAUGACGGGAAGAAAAAGGACAGCGAAGAGAGAGAACCCGGGCAGAGUAGAUGAACUGCGGCUUUGGUCUGACCUUCCUACAGUACUCCUGCAGUUCAUUGUGUCCAAUCUGUGCCUCGAAGAUCAUGUUCGCUUGUCCUGUGUUUGUAAGGAAUGGCGAAAUGUUUCCCGUCCACUCCGUGUGGUAAACCAAUCUCCAUGGCUUUUGUUCUCCCCAGCUGCAGAUGGUAUAAUCAAGUUCUUUGACCCUUUACUAGGCAAGUUCUAUUUUGAUGAAAUCCCAGAGCUAAAGGGCACAGUUAUCCACUGCAGCAAAGAUGGAUGGGUGCUGUUUUCUGGAAAUGACAAUAGCAUUUUCUUAUUCGAUCUCUUCAGUAAAUCAAUAAUCGAUCUUCCCUGUUGCAGUAUUUUUCCAUUUUCUUCUGCGAAAGUUGCUAUAUCUUGUGAGCCCACAGUCCCCCUGACUGUAGUUUUUGCAAUUAGAACUGAAAUUCAUGGCAGAUGGGUUUUCAUUUGCAUUUGUCAUCCAGGGGAUACACAGUGGACAACUUUUGAUUACCAAAAUUCUGAUGAUGCCUUGUUCCGUUGUGUGGAUGGUCCAGUUUUCUUGCCUCCACAUAAUCGUCCCCGUUGGAGCUUUGGUCUACAGAAAGAUAAACAUAUUGUUCAAUUCAAGGGGGAGCUUUUAUUGGUGUUGGCUUCUUUUCCUAAUAAGCCCAUUAUAAACAAACUCGACUUGACCAAGAUGAAAUGGGUUGAAAUGGAAAGCUUGAAUGGUAUAACAGUGUUUGUCAGCUCUCACUCUUCUCUUUCAGUAACUGAUGUUCCAAUAAUAUCAAGGAACAGUGUCUACUUUACGGGGCCUUACAAGGGAAACUCUUCCUAUUUAUAUUCUCUUGAUAAAUAUAGGUACCAUUCUGCUAUGCAGUGGCCUAAAACGCCAAGCAGCCUUUCUGCUGAGCAGCUGCGUAAAGUGCCAAGCAGUCCAAAGGAACAUUGCAAGAGAUUUCUGAAACUUUCUAAUUCUCUAUUGAAGUAUUCAAGGGUUUAUCUUGAGGGUAUUGUGAACAAAGUUCAAUUGUUUGUUGUUCAUGCAAUGCUGUAUAGGGUCAGAGUGGAUGAGCUGCGGCCUUGGUCUGAGCUUCCUACAGAACUCCUAGAGCUUAUUGUGUCCUGUCUGCGCAUCGAAGAUAAUGUCCGCUUGUCUUGUGUUUGUAAGAAAUGGUGA